AGACAUUGAGCCAACGGGAGCUCGCCAAACAUAUAGAAUCCGAUCUCCUAUCCGUGGCUCAUGAGCACUAGCAACAGCAACAGCUCGAUGAACAUGCCGACCAACAGUUCUGGAGAUGAAGAGCUAGUAGUGUUGUCUUCGCAUCUGAUCAAGGGAUGCGUCAAUUGCGAUAGAUACGAAACUCCUGAUCAGAAACUCUUGAGCUGCUUGGGGUGCGGGAAGGUCCGAUACUGCAGCAAAGAAUGCCAACUAGCCCAUUGGCUCGAGCACAAGGUUCCGUGUAAAUUGAACAGGCAGGCAGCACAAAGCUCCAAAACAAGAGAGCCUGAUGGCGGAAGGGCAGCGCAUGAGUUCGGAAGAUGGGUCCAGCUCAACAACCCAGUCUUCACAGUUGCGCUUUAUCAUGCACUCGGCCUCGAAGCCGACCUCAACGCAUACAAGACUAGAGGCGUCGUUGUCCAAUUUGCGUCAAAGCCUAACCGCCUUAAUUAUCCUAUGCACCAAAGGUAUAACGUUACUGACGGGUUCACUGAGGACCUCGAUACCAUUAUCCAAUCGAUGCCUCCGCGAUUGGCAAACCCCGAAGAGCUCAAACAGACUCUAAAGGGCAGCCGUCCUACGGCUCUCAUCCUGUUGUUCUACGAUCGGGCUACCCACGUGCUCAAAUUACACUUACCCUCGUUGCAAGAGCUCAGGGACGCAGCAGAGGGCGUCGAUAAGCCAGUGAAAGGCGAUUGGUUGAAGUGGCUGGACAAAGCCAUCAGUAAUAACUUCCAAGACACAAUCAAGUUACCGAAGCCCUUCAGGUGAAAGUAUAUAUGAGGAUCAACUGAACCAUUUCUUCUAUGGGUGUUCUUUCGUCUGCCUUUGCCGAAGCUGUAUUGGUCAUAAGGGCUUCAUGCUAAUUUGCUUGUGUAUUAGGUAUUAGUUAGUUGAAUAUUCAAGACAGUCGUGACCAUCAUUACUAUCCCAGCAUGUUGAGGGUAUGGAUGACUGCUAACAUAGUUUAAAA